AGGUCAGGUGUAACCUCUAGCAGCAGAUCAGAUAACAACAGGUCAGGUGUAGCCUCUAGCAGCAGGUCAGAUAACAACAGGUCAGGUGGAGCCUCUAGCAGCAGAUCAGAUAACAACAGGUCAGGUGUAACCUCUAGCAGCAGAUCAGAUAACAACAGGUCAGGUGGAGCCUCUAGCAGCAGGUCAGGUGUAGCCUCUAGCAGCAGGUCAGGUGUAACCUCUAGCAGCAGAUCAGAUAACAACAGGUCAGGUGUAGCCUCUAGCAGCAGAUCAGAUAACAACAGGUCAGGUGUAGCCUCUAGCAGCAGAUCAGGUGUAGCCUCUAGCAGCAGAUCCGAUAACAAGAAAGCAGGACAGAACACAACAUGCUUCAGUGGGAAACUACAUCUGUAAGUAGCUAGACAGUAGAUAGUGUGGACCACGUUGCCAAUGAAGAGGAAAAGAUUUAGGCCAAAUUAACCGAUACUGAAGACAUCACAUCAAUAUCAGAAGCCUCUCAGCGCUCCUCCUUCAAUACAUCCAGGUCUACUACUACAUCCAGGUCCACUACUACAUCCAGGUCUACUACUACAUCCAGGUCCACUACUACAUCAAGAUGUACUACUACAUCCAGGUCCACUAUUACAUCCAGGUCCAAUACUACAUCCAGGUCCACUACUACAUCCAGGUCCACUACUACAUCCAGGUCUACUACUACAUCCAGGUCCACUACUACAUCCAGGUCCAAUACUACAUCCAGGUCCACUACUACAUCCAGGUCCAAUACUACAUCCAGGUCCACUACUACAUCCAGGUCUACUACUACAUCCAGGUCCAAUACUACAUCCAGGUCCACUACUACAUCCAGGUCUACUACUACAUCCAGGCCCAAUACUACAUCCAGGUCCAAUACUACAUCCAGGUCCAAUACUACAUCCAGGUCUACUACUACAUCCAGGCCCAAUACUACAUCCAGGUCCAAUACUACAUCCAGGUCCAAUACUACAUCCAGGUCUACUACUACAUCCAGGUCCAAUACUACAUCCAUAUUUACUACUACAUCCAGGUCCACUACGACAUCCAGGUCUACUACUACAUCCAGGUCUACUACUACAUCCAGGUCCAAUACUACAUCCAGGUCCAAUACUACAUCCAGGUCCACUACUACAUCCAGGUCCACUCCUACAUCCAGAUUUACUACUACAUCCAGGUUAACUACUACCUCCAGGUCUACUACUACAUCCAGGUCCAAUACUACAUCCAGGUCCACUACUACAUCCAGAUUUACUACUACAUCCAGGUCUACUACUACAUCCAGGUCUACUACUACAUCCAGGUCCAAUACUACAUCCAGGUCUACUACUACAUCCAGGUCCACUACUACAUCCAGGUCCAAUACUACAUCCAGGUCCACUACUACAUCCAGGUCCACUACUACAUCCAGGUCCACUACUACAUCCAGGUCUACUACUACAUCCAGGUCCACUACUACAUCCAGGUCCACUACUACAUCCAGGUCCACUACCACAUCCAGGUCCACUACUACAUCCAGGUCCACUACUACAUUCAGGUCCACUACUCUAUCCAGGUCCAAUACUACAUCCAGGUCCAAUACUGCAUCCAGAUGUACUACUACAUCCAGGUCCACUACUACAUCCAGGUCCAAUACCACAUCCAGGUCCAAUACCACAUCCAGGUCCACUACUACAUCCAGGUCCACUACUACAUCCAGGUCCACUACUACAUCCAGGUCCAAUACUACAUCCAGGUCCACUACUACAUCCAGGUCCAAUUCUACAUCCAGGUCCACUACUACAUCCAGGUCCACUACUACAUCCAGGUCCACUACUCUUUCCAGGUCCAAUACUACAUCCAGGUCCAAUACUACAUCCAGGUCCACUACUACAUCCAGGUCCAAUACUACAUCCAGGUCCACUACUACAUCCAGGUCCACUACUACAUCCAGGUCUACUACUACAUCCAGGUCCAAUACUACAUCCAGGUCCACUACUACAUCCAGGUCCAAUACCACAUCCAGGUCCACUACUACAUCCAGGUCCACUACUACAUCCAGGUCCAAUACUACAUCCAGGUCCACUACUACAUCCAGGUCCACUACUACAUACUGGUCCACUACUACAUACUGGUCCACUACUACAUCCAGGUCCACUACUACAUCCAGGUCCAAUACUACAUCCAGGUCCACAACUACAUACUGGUCCACUACUACAUCCAGGUCCACUACUACAUCCAGGUCUACUACUACAUCCAGGUCCAAUACUACAUCCAGGUCCACUACUACAUCCAGGUCCAAUACUACAUCCAGGUCCACUACUACAUCCAGGUCCACUACUACAUACUGGUCCACUACUACAUACUGGUCCAGUACUACAUCCAGGUCCAGUACUACAUCCAGGUCCACUACUACAUCCAGGUCCAAUACUACAUCCAGGUCCACUACUACAUCCAGGUCCACUACUACAUCCAGGCCCACUACUACAUCCAGGUCCACUACUACAUCCAGGCCCAAUACUACAUCCAGGUCCACUACUACAUCCAGGUCCACUACUACAUCCAGGUCCAGUACUACAUCCAGGCCCAAUACUACAUCCAGGUCCACUACUACAUCCAGGUCCACUACUACAUCCAGGUCCACUACUACAUCCAGGUCCACUACUACAUCCAGGUCCAGUACUACAUCCAGGCCCACUACUACAUCCAGGUCCACUACUACAUCCAGGUCCACUACUACAUCCAGGUCCACUACUACAUACUGGUCCACUACUACAUCCAGGUCCACUACUACAUCCAGGUCUACUACUACAUCCAGGUCUUGUAGAGACGUGAGAGCAGAGGUUGAUCAGGCCGGCAGAGAGAAGAGGAGAAGGAGAUGGAAGGCAGAGAGGAGGAGCUGUAGGCCGGCAGAGAGAAGAG